AAUCUCUCAAUUCCUUAUGGCUGAAGUCCUACUGUGGCUCUUCUUCGUGACUACUUUUCUGGGUUUUGUAGCUGGACAACAGACCAGCUGUUCUGUAUCUGUUGGUGCAUCACUCACAGCAACCCCCGGUGUCACACCAUGGCUUUCAUCUUCUGGUGACUUUGCCUUUGGGUUCCGACAACUUCAAGGGAACGGUAAUUUCUUAUUAUCCAUAUGGUAUGACAAGAUACCUGACAAAACCAUCAUCUGGUAUCCACAAACAAAUGCUACUGUGUCUAGAGGAUCGAAAGUCGAGCUAAUUGAUCGGCGUGGGCUUGUACUCACUGAUCCUCAAGGCAGAGAAGUAUGGAGUACUUCCAGCUCUUUUUCUGAUCUUGCAUGUGGUUUUAUGAAUGAUACUGGUAACUUUGUGAUUCUUGGCAAUAAUUCUGGCAAGAUAUGGGAGAGUUUUAGUUAUCCAGCAGAUACUCUGUUGCCUACUCAGGUUAUGGAGAUGGGUGGACAGAUCAAUUCGAAAAAAAACAAAACAAACUUCUCUCGUGGAAGAUUCCAAUUACGUAUGCAACCAGAUGGGAAUCUUGUUCUUUAUACUCGAGAUAUAUUUACCGAUUCCAUUCAUGAUGCUUACUAUGCCAGUGGAACUUUUGAUACCAACAAUUCAACAAAUUCUGGUGAGCGAUUGAUCUUUGAUGCAACGGGAUACAUGUAUAUAUUGAGAAGAAAUGGCCAAACAUAUGAUCUUACUCAAAGAGACACACUUCCUUCUGGAGAUUAUUAUCACAGAGCUACUCUAGAUCCUGAUGGGCUUUUUACUCAAUACUACUACCCCAAGAAUCCCACUGGAAAUGCAAGUUGGGAAGUUAUAUGGUCUGAACCAGAAGAUAUAUGUUUUAAGGGGGAUAUAGGUAGCGGAGCUUGUGGGCUUAACAACGUUUGCAGCCUUGAUGGUAACCGGCCAAAGUGUGAAUGCCCACGGGGGUUUUCGUUGCUUGAUUCCAAUGAUCCAAAUGGUGACUGCGACCAUGAUCUCAGUCCAAGAUGUGAUGAAGGUUAUGCGGGAGAUCUGUUUGAUUUCAUCGAGCUCAAUAAUACUGAUUGGCCAGGAUCUGACUAUGCGCAUAUCAGACAAAGUAAUGAACAAAACUGCAAACUUUCUUGCAGGGAAGAUUGUUUCUGUGCUGUUGCGAUUUUCCGGGACAACCAAUGUUGGAAGAAGGCAAUUCCUCUCUCCCAUGGAAAGAAGACUUCACAAUAUGUGAAGGCAUUCCUGAAAUACCAGAAAGAUGAACGUCCUCCUCAAUGCCCUCCUCGGAUUUUAAAAGAAAAAGAUCAGAGAAGCCUGGUACUUGUUGGAUCAGUUCUUUUAGGUACUUGUGUGUUUGUUAUUGUAGUAUUGACUGGUGUGAUUUGUCUGGGUUUCUUUCUAGUCUACAAGAAGAAACCCAGAAAUCCAUAUGCAAGUAGUAAAGCUGCUGAAAGCAAUCUGCCUCGUUUUACUUAUCAAGAGCUAGUCGAAGCUACUAAUGGGUUCAAGGAUGAACUGGGAAGGGGGGCUUUCGGGAUAGUCUAUAAAGGCGUAAUAGGGACAAACAUCGUGGCAGUAAAGAAGUUGGAUAGAGUGGUUGAAGAUGGCGAGAAGGAAUUCAAGACGGAAGUUAACGUCAUUGCAAGGACUCAUCACAAAAAUUUGGUGCAGCUUCUUGGGUAUUGUGAUGAUGGUGAGCAACGCCUAUUGAUUUACGAGUACAUGAGAAAUGGCACUCUCGCAGCCUUUCUUUUCAAAGACAUGAUGAUGAAGCCAAGUUGGAAAGAGAGGAGUUAUAUUGGUGUAGGCAUAGCAAAGGGACUCGCAUACCUCCAUGAAGAGUGUAGCACACAGAUCAUCCACUGUGACAUAAAGCCUCAAAAUAUUCUUCUUGACGAUUACUACAAUGCUAAGAUWUCWGAUUUUGGAUUGGCAAAGCUUUURUUGAUGAAUCAAAGUCGAACAAAUACUGGAAUAAGAGGAACGAAAGGAUAUGUUGCUCCAGAAUGGUUUAGGAACACCCCCGUCACUGUGAAGGUUGAUGUAUUCAGCUAUGGCGUGUURCUAUUAGAGAUCAUUUCAUGUCAAAAGAGUGUGGUUUUUGACAGUGAUAAGGAAGAUGUGGAAGUUUUAACUGAUUGGGCAUGGGAUUGCUAUCAUGAAGGUAGAGUGGAUGCAYUUGUUGAGRAUGAUAKGGAGGGGUUAGAYGACUUGGAGAGAGUAACAACAUUUGUGAAGGUUGGUCUAUGGUGUGUACAAGAAAACCCUUCUUUGAGGCCAACCAUGAGGAAGGUAGUCCAGAUGCUUGAAGACUUUGAAGUGACAGAUCCUCCAUGUCCAUGCCCUCUAUUUGGUACCUCCAUCUAAUUAUCAAAUAGCUCUGCCAUUAAUGUGUUGGUAACUUGUUCUAUAUUUUAAUUGUUUCCUACUGUUAGUUGUAAUAAAUAAUUCGAUCUAUAUAGUUUAAUGAUCACAUCUUGAGAGGUUUA